CACGCAUCGCAGCUGGACCUUCGAACAUCCCAUGGCCUUUCGGCUGCUGAGUGGCGAGCCGGUGAGCUGUGAGAGUGAGCUCGGGACCUAUGGAAGCUCCAUCGUCGUUGGUGAAGUACGUGCUGUGCUGGCACGACACCUAUGCUUGGAGUUAGAGCGAGUGCAGCUGGUCUCCGUCGGUGCUUUGUUGGAGGACAAUGACACACUUGUCAUGGAAGACAGCUGUAUCACCGUACAGGUGAUGCCGGAUCCUUUGGAAGCCCAAUUCGCCAGUGCCCUGGGCGUGGAGCACUUCACCGACCUUCUAAAGGAACCGUGCAUCCGAGUCCACGGUGCACAACUCAUGGAUCUUCCCAGGGGCAUUGGCCAGCUCAAAGACCUCGAAGAACUCAUCUUGAGCUCCAGUCCGCUGAAAGAGCUUCCUGAGACUUUGGGACAGUUGUCAAAGCUGCGAGACCUGCGGGUGGACACGAGCCAGCUCAUCUCGCUUCCAAGAAGCAUUGGCCAGAACUUGGCCUUGAGGGAGCUUCAUUUGAGCUCCAAUGAGCUCCAAACACUGCCCAGGAGCAUCGGAGAGCUGCAGCAACUUGAGACGCUGAAUCUCGUCCACAACGAGAUCUGGUAUUUGCCCGAUGAAAUCGGUAAACUGCGGAGUCUUCGAAAGUUGCAUUUGGGGUCCAAUCGCCUGCGCCAACUUCCUGAAAGCCUUGGGCGCCUCUCUUUGCUGCAGGAGCUUUACCUGGCACGUAAUGAGCUCGAGACCUUGCCCGACAGCUGCUGUGAGUUGGGAGAACUUCAGAUGAUGCAGUUGGGCAACAACCCGCUGACCGCUCUGCCCGAAGCCUUAGGUCAGCUCCAGGCCUUGCAGGAGCUGCAUGUGGGCGAAGCUGGCUUAGAGGCGCUGCCAGACAGCAUAGGCAAACUCUUUCAAAUCUCACAGCUCUACCUUGCGAAGAACAAACUAAAGGCCUUGCCAGAUAUUUUUGGCCUCACAGGACUACAGAAGUUGUCAUUGCGUGAGAAUUGCCUGGAAAAGCUGGAGGAAAGCUUUUGUAGCUUGCAAAGCCUGAAAAAAUUGUUCCUUGAUUCGAACUUCCUCCGAGAGCUUCCAGAGCGCUUUGGAGAUCUGAAGGCUUUGGAGGAGCUUCAUCUCACUGACAACAACUUAUCCGAGAUCCCAGAAAGCUUUGGAAAGCUCUCCAAUCUUCAGGAGCUCCGCUUGGCAGCAAAUCAGCUGAGCACCCUUCCUGAGAGCAUUGGACAGCUAAGCGAGUUGAAGGAGUUGUUCCUGGGCUUCAACCCAUUGGAAUCUUUGCCGGAAAGCAUGUCGGCCCUAACGGCUUUGGAGGAAGCCAGUCUCGUUGUGGCAGACGCCCAGAUUUGCAAUUGGACAUAGGCCCUCCAAUGGUGCGGAGGUACGUCAAGAGUAAGAGAUUGCUUGGAAUUUGCCUUGGCACUAGUCACUAACUAGUAUUCGCAGAUAGGAGUUGCACUUGCAGACCACCAAGCUCACAGAAUUGCCGAAUUGCGUUGCUGAAUUGAAGCAGAACACAGGCCUUUGUCGCUUUGGGGUCGCUGUGGACUGAAGAAACUCCCAGUCAGAGAUGCUGAGAAGGAAAUAAAUCAUAAGUGCGAGCGCUUCUUCAAGGAAGCUUCCGCCAGUUCCUAGUAGCUGAAGUAAGCUACCUACCUCUAGCUAACCGACCUCUACGGCCUCCCCCCGGUCUCAAAAUAAGAUGUUUGCC